CCGUGCCUCGGCCCCGGAAGGGGGCGCCGCGCCCCGCGCGCGCACCGCGCCGCCGUCGGCCUCGGCCUCUCGCGAGCCUCGCGCGGCGGGCCGAUGGCGGCGGGGGAGGGCGUGCAGCAGAGGCUGGCGAGACUCGACAGCGUGCUGAGGCAGGUGCCCUACCAGUACGAGCAGAAGGACAGGCUGCGCAACGACGUGGCGAGCCUCCUCCGGUCCAGCGACGGCCUGCAGCCCGCCGCGCAGCAGUUCACCGGCGGCGGGAAGUCUGCCACGCUGUUCUACCUCACGGCGUCGUGCCGAUAA